AUGAGGCAUGAAACUGUUCUGGGAUUGCUGAAGGGUCUCAGGUUACAGGAUAUGGGGAGUGGAGAUUGCCAAAGGGUGUCAGGUUAUAGGAUAUGGGGAGUGGAGGGAUGGUUCAGUGUCCCAUCAUUCACUGGGACCACUGAAGGGUGUCAGAUCACAAUAUAUGAGGAGUGGAGUGAGUGUGCACAGCAGUUCAGGGGAUGGUUCUGUGUCCAAAUGGAUCGCCCUAGACUCAUAAGAUUAGAAACCCAAUCAUACAAAGAAGUCUCCUCCAUACUGGAAAGAACUCUUGGCUCUGCCUCGUUUUGCCUUGAGCUUGAGGUUGAUUUCAUCUCUAUGGCUGAGGAUGAACAACAGCCCUGA